CGAAGAAGAGGAAGAGCAAGAGAACGGACCAUACCAACGCCACAUUAUGACAAGAUUAUCAUCCUCUCGCGUCGUGUUUCUUUCCAUGUGUAUAAUUCUAGUGCUUUUAAAGCAAGAAACCAUCUGUAAUAUCGUUUUUCAGCCCGCAUUUAUUCUUGCCUCUGGUCCAAGGAUAUCAGCCUUUCUGGUUGGAAACGUGUCUGGCAUUUCCUUAAACAUCAGUGUUGUUGCACCCAUAUAUGCAACUGGUAGCCUUCCAGCACCAACCUGUAAUGCAGUUUCUCAAACAUGGUGGAAUCUUUCAUAUGAGUUAAUUGGAAAGAAUAUCAUCCUGGUACGGCUGAGUUUGAACCGUAGUCUGGAACUGUGUGGGAAUGAAACAGUUGCCUCUGACUGCUGCCCGGAGCCGCUGUGUCUACAAGAGAUUCUCCUGGUGUCUGCCUGUGCAGAUGAAAUGCCCAAAGCCUCACUCAUUAUACAAACCAAGGUUUAUGCCCAGAUUGUUCCUAGCAAACCCCCGUCAGAAAAUAAAACGGUCAUUCCUAAUCAAGUGUUUCAGCCUCUCGGGGACUGUCCAUGUGAUAUUUCCCCAGUCGAGUGUGACAUACUCUGCUGUUGUGACCAGGACUGCACCCAAGAGUUGCUGGGAUUGUUUGAAACUCAAUGUCUUCCUGGACCUUUUGGGGGAAGUUUCAACCUUGUUCCAGACUAUCAAUGCUUAGCUCAGUCCUCUGAAAAUAACCCUGAUUGGUUCCCCUUCCUCUGUGUUACCUCACCCUCUGACAACAACCCUUUUCUGGGACUUUUCUACAAUGGUGGGACAGUCACUCCUAAGCCAAGUCCAUCAUUCAAAGCUCAGCAGGUGACAGAUGCUGUACCUCCCAUUAAUUACCGCCAGGGGGAUCCAAUCUUCACUAUAGCUGACCAGUAUUUCACUAUUCCACAGAAAUCUGGACUCGGCCAAUGUGUUGAAAAUGCUCCAGUGGCAUUUUUGGUCAACUUUGAGUCUCAGUGCAUGAGAAAGCUUCAGUCUUGUCCGUCGCCAUCAGACAACCUGAGGGUGAACGUUAAGGAUGGACGGGGAGGUGUGGUCACAGUCAAUGUUGUGGAUGAAGUGGCCAGAGACCUCCGUGUGUUUCUGUCAAAUGUUUCUGAGCUCACAUCUGUCCCACAACAGUGUGAUGAUGUUGUUCUGGCCUUGCGUUACACUCUUUACUGGCGAGAGAAUGGCCUCACCGAAAUUACUGUGACACGGACAACUGCAAGCAUAACUCUUCCUGUGUUUUUAACCAGCAGAUAUUCUGCACUGUUUGUAAAUGGAAAUGAAAUAUCUCGGUCAUUUUCUGGCAAUCCAGGUUAUCAGGUAAAGAAGCCAGUGCUUGGUGGGAUUUUGGACUCUGAUACAGCAGUUAUACAGAGAGCCCAGAUCAACCUUUGGCAGCCAGGCGGAGAAGGCAUUUGUUCCACUGCUGAUCUGAGACCAGUUCUGUAUGGGAUCAACUCCACAUCAGGCUGUCUCAUUCCUGUGAGUCUGUUGAACCUGACACAGUGUAGCCAGCUCAGUAAAACAGUGCGUGCUGUUCUAGCUGGAUUAGUGACUGCUACUCUAGUCUCCAGAACAGGAAAGCCAGAUUUUUACAACCUUGCAGACUGGGUCAACAUUUCUACUUCAGUGAUGAACUCCAGUCAGCCAGCAGAGGGCAGCAGUGGCGAAUGUUCAGCUGUUCCAACACACCUUCAUAUUCAUGUCAGGAGUGUCAUCAUGGGAAGGGUGCAAGGUGUGCCACAGAAGGUUAUCCAGUCAGUGGAGAUUAGUUUCAGAGAAACAGCAUGGAGGAUAGAGUGCGAUAUGGGCAUGUCUAACCCCUGUGUAGACCCAGAGAUAAUGCAGACGUUCCCUGUGACCUCUUCUGUGACAUUCACUGAGAAUCCUCUUAAUGCCCAACCCCCUAGAUCCAGGUUCAGUAUUAACUUCACAGAGUUUGACUGUGACAGGAACGAUGUGUGUUGGCCUGAGCUGGCUUUCCCUCUCACAAGAUACUAUACUGGUGAGCCGUAUUCCCAGGCUCUGGCUAAAGGUCUUAUUCUAGUGUUCUUCUUCAUCGCUGCAUCUGUUUUAGGAACACCAUGGAGACAAAUAAGACAAGCAUGGAACAAUGCUUCACUGUGAGAGAGAAAUUGUUUGCAAUACGUUAACCUCAUGGCAGUUGGGAUGGAUAUGAUUGGUUGUGGUUUUCAAAAUAGCUAGUGGAUUUGAUAAAAAAUACUUUUAAAUUAUGAAUAGCUCGUCGGCCAAAAAACCGACGAGCUUUUUUUUUUUUUUACAUUUGAUUGUAAAUAACUGUAAAGAUGGAAUUAUUUAUUUUAUUCUAUUAUGGUUGGUAUUUUUUUUUAUGUCAAGAAGUGUUUAUUAUGCUUUGUGAAAAUACAGUUUGUACUUUUUGAA